AUGUCUCAGGGAACCCUUGAUGUUUCUCGAUAUUAUAUUGAGUUGAAAUCGUCAUGGGAUGAGUUAGAAAAUUUCCAUCCACUACCUACAUGUAAAUGUGUUAUUCAAUGUUCUUGUGGAGCAGUUCAAUCCUUGAAAACCUUAAGAGACCAGGAUUAUACAAUUAGGUUUCUGAAAGGGCUAAAUGAUGAAUACUCUCAUGUUCAAUCUCAAAUUCUAUUAAUGGAUCAUUUUCUCUCUGUUGCCAAAGCUUUUGCACUCGUCACUCAACAAGAACUUCAAUUUCACAUUUCUGUUAUUGCUGAAACUGAUGGUGAAUCAAAGUCUAACACUUAA